GAGAGAGAGUGAGAGAGAGUGUGUGUUUGUGUGCGUGUGUGAGAGAGGGCGAGAUAGAGAAUGUGUGUGUGAGAGAGAGAUAGAGUGUGAGUGUGUGUGUGUGUGUGUGUGUGAGAGAGUGAGAGUGUGUGUGAGUGUGUGUGUGUUAGAGAGUGUGUGUGUUAGAGAGCGAGAUAGAGAAUGUGUUUGUGAGAGAUAGUGUGAGUGUGUGUUAGAGAGUGUGUGUGUGUAUUUGAGAGAGAGAGAGUGAGACAGAGAGAGUGUGUGUGUGUGAGAGAUUGAGAGAGUGAGUGAGAGUGUGUGUGUGUUAGAGAGUGUGUGUGUGAGAGAGAGAGAGAGAGAGAGAGAGAGAGAGAGUGUGUGUGUGUGUGUGUGUGUGUGUGUGUGUGAGAGAGAGAGAGAGAGAGAGAGAGAGAGAGAGAUGUGUUCGUAUGCGAGCACGCGCAUGUUCCUCUCUACCGCACAUGCUCAGACGCAGAGGCUCCCCCUGGCCUUCGCGCGCUGAUCUGCAGGCGGGAAGAAAGCGAGCGAGCGAGAGAGAGAGGGAGAGAGAUAGAAAGAGGUGGAGGAGGAGGCUCGGGUCGCCGCUGCAUCCCCGGAGGAGCGGAGCGAAUAGGAGAAAAGAGAACAGAGGAGAAGAGAAAAGAAGAGGAGACGCUGCCGAGGGAGCGGAGCGGUGCUCAGCUGCAGCUUGAAGGAUGUUCUCCUCAGUGAAGGCCUUUGAGGGGCAGCAGUAUUUGGUGCUGAAGAAGCAGUGUCUGCAAAGCGGGACCCUGUUCGAGGAUCCGUUGUUCCCCACUGUGGAUGACUCGCUGUUCUAUCAGGGGAACGUCAUUGGCCGUGUGCACUGGAAAAGACCUGGGGAGCUGUGUGAUGAUCCUCAUUUGUUCGUGGAUGGCAUCAGCGCUCAUGACUUGCACCAAGGGCAGCUGGGAAACUGUUGGUUCGUGGCGGCGUGUUCAAGCCUGGCCUCGCGCGAGUCUCUGUGGCAGAAAGUUAUCCCUGACUGGAAAGAGCAGGAAUGGGAUCCGGAGAAACCAGACUCUUACGCGGGAAUCUUCCAUUUCCGCUUCUGGCGCUUUGGUGAAUGGAUGGACGUGGUGAUCGAUGACCGCUUGCCCACAGUGGACAAUCAGCUGGUGUACUGCCACUCAGAUGAUAGCAAUGAGUUCUGGAGUGCCCUUGUGGAGAAAGCUUAUGCCAAAGUGUAUGGCUGCUACGAAGCUCUGGAUGGUGGGAACACAGCCGAUGCUUUAGUGGACUUCACCGGCGGGGUCUCAGAGCCAGUGGACCUGCUGGAAGGAAUGUAUGCUCAGGAUGAGGCGGCCAGGACCCAGCUGUUCGAGAGAGUGCUGAAGGUCCACAAUAGAGAUGGACUCAUCAGCUGCUCCAUCAGGGCAACCACAGUGGAGGACAUGGAGGCUCGGCUGGACUGCGGCCUGGUCAAAGGUCACGCUUAUGCAGUCACCGACGUUCGGAAAGUGCGCCUGGGCCACGGCUUGCUGGCCUUCUUCAAAUCUGAGAAGCUGCACAUGAUUCGCAUGAGGAACCCCUGGGGAGAGAAGGAAUGGAGCGGGCCAUGGAGCGACAGCUCGGAGGAAUGGAAUAAGGUGAGCAAGAGCGAGAGGGAGAAGCUGGGCGUCACAGUGCAGGAUGACGGAGAGUUCUGGAUGAACUUUGAGGAUUACUGUCACUACUUUACUGACCUCAUCCUGUGUCGGCUCAUCAACACGUCCUACCUGAGCAUCCAUAAGACAUGGGAGGAGGAGGUGAUGAGAGGAUCCUGGGUUUACAGAGACGACCCUCUGCGUAACCGCUCAGGAGGCUGCAUCAAUCACAAAACCACUUUCCUGCAGAACCCUCAGUACGUGUUUGACGUGAGGAAGUUGGAGGACGAGGUCUUGAUCUGCCUGCAGCAGAAAGAGAAAAGAGCAACUGCUAAAGAAGGCAAAGGGGAAAACCUGGCUAUCGGUUUCGACAUCCAUCGGGUGGAACUGAACAGAAAGUACCGCAUGCACACGGCCCAGCAGAAAGUCGCAGGUUCCAUCUACAUCAACUCUCGCUGUGUCUUCCUGAGGAAAGAGCUGAAAGAGGGCCGCUAUGUCAUCAUCCCCACCACUUUUGACCCGGGCCAGCAGGGAGAAUUCCUGCUCCGGGUAUUCACAGAUGUGCCUUCAGACUGCAAAGAGUUGACCCUGGACGAUCCUCCUCAGACGUGUUGGACGGGGAUGUGUGGAUAUCCUCAGCUGGUCACUCAGGUGCACGUCCUGAGUGCUGAGGGGCUGCAGGGCCAAGACUCUAAUGGAGGCUCAGAUCCGUACGUGAUUAUCACCUGUGAGGGGGAGAAAGUCCGAUCGCCUGUACAUAAGGACACCCGAUGUCCCAAGUUCGACAUCAAGGGGGUGUUCUAUCGCAAAAAGCCAAAAGAAGGCAUUCACAUUGAGAUCUACAAUAAGAAUGUAAUUGUAGACACAUUCCUGGGUCAGGUGACCCUCUUCAGUGACCCGAAUGACCGACAGGAGCAGCACAUUGUCCACCUGAGAGACAAAGGCAGCCGCCAAAACAACGACCUCCCCGGCAUGCUGACCGUUCGCCUGAUCACCUGCACCACGUUGACCAACAUUUGACAGCUUAAUGAACACGACCUCACCCCUGCCCUUUACCAUCUCCUUCCUUCUUUCUCGAUGGCCUGUGAUCAAGGUAUAAAUCAUCCCUUACUGAUUACCCAUAUCAUUUUUCAGCGCUCGCAUAGUAUUCAUAAGGGCUACACAUUAGUCGUGCAUGAGCGGCUGAGGUCAGUUUGGUAUUGGGACCUUUGCGGAGUCUUCGUCUUGCGAUCAGCCGCACAGUUUCCGGUUGCCAGCUUACCUCAACAAAAAUCAAUUCUCGCCAUCACUCUUGUGCUCCCUCAUGGUAUUCCCACCAGUUCAGACUUGCAUUACUAACUCACCUUGCUGAAGAUCAUUUAUGGAAGAAACCAUUUAUGGAUGCCUUGGACAGCACAUGACCCACUCGACCUGCUUUCUGAACAACAAUGAGGUUGACUCGAGUGCCUCUGAAUUGUGUGGAUUCUUCAAAAAUAUUUACACUGAAUGCUCUUUGGAUGUGCAGAAGCAUGCUUGGUGUAGCUUUGCAACAAUACCAAGAAGCAGGAGCACAGAGUUCAGCCACAACCAGCCGCCUCCAGGGACCAAUAGCCCACCCAGCCUCCAUCUCCAUAGUAACUACCAUGACAGUUUCAAAAGCUUAUGUGUGUGUGUGUGUGUGUGUGUGUGUGUGUGCGUGCAUGUGUGUGCGUAUGCUAAUCCCAAAUAAACCCCCUCAGACGACCCUUGAAAGGUCAUGCAUGUGUAAACAAACUACAUAAAUUCCAGCAGUGAUUUAGAGUCGAGAGCAAUCUUUAGGAGAUGGACAUGUGUAUACACACUUUGCUGUAUACCUCAUUCAUGAGACUGUGACAUGACGUGACAGACUGCUGGGUCUCUUCAGCUCUUGCCAAACAGCAUGUGCCAUUAUGCGAGUCCUAAUAGAACUGUUCUUCCACUCCACCAGGGGGUGCUGUACUAAUACUCUAGGAACCACAGACUCUUUACUGUCCUUUCUAAUUGCUGAUGUGCCCUUUUAGUAUGAACUACUACAAAGCUAUUUAUAUAACUACCAUUACCAGCUUAUGUGUUGCUAGCAUUUUAGUUGCUUGUGAUAUUGUGGAAAUGGUUUUGAAUUGUUUUUCAAACCAUAUAUUUAAAAAUAAGUUGUCACUUUUUUCAUUACUUGAAAGGGGUCAUUUUUGUCGCAUUUUUGGUUUCAUUUAUGCACAAUUUCCUAUGUCGUCUUAAAAUGCGUUGCCUUUCUUUUCUUUUCUUUCUUUUUUUUUUUUACACAAAAAGACGAGUGUUAUAGUUGCUGUAUUUACAGUCAGAUAAUCAGAUAAUGGAACAGUAUGAUAUGCUUUGUGUUUCUAGCUGCAGUCCCAGACACAAAUAAUGUGAAGACCCAGACUGGGUGAAAGAAGCUCCUGCUUGGACAGAAGUAGACUGCUCUUUAAAAAAGUAAAGUACAGAUAUAAAUGUUGGCUUUUAAGUUAGUCAAUACAGUAUGUGUAAUUUUAAGCAGACAGUAACUAUGUAACAACAGAAUGCCUCCUAUUUUUAUUUUUUAUUUUUCACCCAAUAUUAACGGUUGCUACCUCACCAACACUUUACCUAGCUAGCUAACUUGCAUAAUGCUAGCUAGCUUAAUAUUUAAUGAGCAGUUAGUAAUGUUUAGAGCCCUCUGCUGCCUCUGAAUUGCAAUUGCAUUAGGGACAUUGACAAGCUGUCCCCUUCCCUUAAUCAACCCCAAGCCCUUCUGCUAAAAAUACAUAGGAUUUAUGAAUUGAGAUUUAUGGAAAAGGGACAGAGCUGAGCACCUCUGCUUCAGUAGGGGACGGGGCUAAUUUCACUGCCAGAAAAAGACUAAAUCAAGGCAACUACUUGGAUCCAUCGAUUACAUAUUGUAUCAUAUGCGUGUAUAUGAUAAAGUCUAUUAAAACUAAACAUUCCAAACAGCACCUUUAACUAUAAUGUACAGACUGGUGACAAAUGAAAGGAAAAAAAAUAUUUUGCAGGCAUGGUUUGGCUCCACCUGUUGCCUUAGAAAGAAAAGUCACUGCAAUUCAAUACAAACUUAAUCUGAUUGAUCAUCUUUAUCCUAUGAUAAACUAUUUCGAUCGUUAUGAAAGUGGUCUCUUCCAGGAUUACCUCAUCCCCUUCUGCAGGGCACAAGAGUUCACUAAAUGGUUUGAUGAGGAUGAAAAUUAUGUCAAUCAUAUGCUAUGGCUUUCAUAGUCACCAGAUCUCAACCCUGUUGAACAUCUGUGGGAGUUUUUGGAGUGUCGUGUUCGACAGCGCUCUACCAUCAUCAUCAAAACACCAACUUAGCCAAUAGCUUUUGGACGAAUGGUGCUCAUCGCUCCAGUAAAGUUCCAGAAGCUUGUAGAAUCUAUGACUCAAUGAAGCUGUUCUGGUGACCCAACACCUUACUAAGACCAUUUAUGCUGGACUUUCCUUUAAUUUGUCACCCCCAAUACUUGUCAAUAUUACCCUGAUAUUAAAGUUCUGAGUAUCUGAGAUGUAUUUUUGCAAACUUUUAACAAACAGACAAGAUGAUGAUUUGUAUUCUAUAUUCACGUGAAAGAAUCAAUAACACAUGCAUUCACAGCACAAAAUAAGACACUGGUUUGAAUCGCAAAAUCAAAUUUAAUACCAUUCCAGCAUUUUAGGCAAAUAGCUGUCCUCAUAUUGAUGCUCAGUAGCUGAUCAGUGCAGCCCUAAUUAAGUAAUUACAGCAAGCCAUUUAUGAAAAAACAACACUAGAAACUUGAAUGUAAAUUUUUAGACACACAUUGAUCAUUGCAUAGUUCUUCGGUGUUCAAACAGAGGUUUUUCCGAGGAGUGGUUUUGUUCUGCAGCGCUGCAACUAGCUGUCACUCAUUCAUUUAGCCUCUUCAUUGUGGCCUGUAGUAAAUACGGGCAUGAAAACUUCAAGACGUAGUGAUCUUCUGCUUUAGGGCUGUAUUCAGAGUUGAGUGACGCAUGCGUAGUGAGGAAUAUGCAACAUCAGAAUUCAGAUGUUAUUGGUACCUGUGGACGGAAGUGGUAGCUCAGUGGUUAAGACUUAUGAUCGGAGUUCAAAUCCCAGCACUGGCAGGCUGCCACUGCUGGGCCCUUGAGCAAGGCUCUUAACCCUCAACUGCUCAGUUGUUUAAAUGAGAUAACUGUAAGGUGCUCUGGAUGGGGCUACCUUCCAAGUACCCUAAAUACCUACAGACUAGAGAGAUGUGUUGGAGUUGCACAUGAUCUCGAUUUAAUAUCUUGUGGCUAUAUUAAGGUUUGUUUUUUUUAAUAACAAGAAUAUGUGCUGGAUCAAGUGCUAUUUUAUAAACUGAGGGCCAUAUUGUAAAAUUAAACCAAAUCUGCAGGGAAGCUCUUGUAUCUAACGGAGGUGGUCUAAAUGAUAUUGAUAACCCCAUCUUAGGUUAACCUACUCAAGUAAAAUCUGACAAGUUUAGAGGAAUAAAAUACAUGCAAGUUAUUUAAUAAUCUGAAUAGGGAGUCCAGGAAAUUUGAGCUAAGUACUUGUGUAACUGAAAUCUGAAUACACAUAAAUAUUGACAUUGAAUUUUGGACUUAAAUAGCCAACUCUGGAUACAUCCCUUAGUCUGAAGGCGAACGUGAUGGGAGAUGGGGGUCGGGUCGGUUAGCUCACUAGUUUAAGCAGGAAGUGCCAUACAGAUAAGUUGCAACCAGACAGCUAGAGAUAAUGUAACUUUAUUCAUUCAGUAUUUGUUAGUGCAUAGUAAAUUGGAAGGUCUUACUGACAUCAUAUGUUAAAAUAUGUAUCAAGAGAAGAUGGCUUAUCUGUCCUGUUAUUUUAGCCUGAGAAUUAGAAAACAUUAAGUUUUUUGUAAAUCACCCCAGAGUGCAAGACACAAAGAUUUUUUUCUGCUUUAAGAAAAAAAAAAUUGCAUUAAUUAAAUUCAUCUUAAUGUACCUGGUAUUUUUUUUAACCUAAAAUGGCACCUCAGAACCUCUGCCACUGUUGUCUAGCUUGGUCUUCAUCUUAGUUGUCUAGCUUACUCUUUAUUGCUUAAACCUCAUAAUUUAUUGUAUAAGCUUGUCAUAUCACUUCUGUUGUGAUAAUAUUCGAUUCCUCUGGUACCUAUUGUUUUUUUUUUAUGUUAUGCUAGUACAAAGCUAACUGUAGCACUGUCCUACACAGGUCUGAUGCGUACCGUCGUUGUAGCUUUAAAUACAGAUAAGGCCAGUAACAUCUAUGUGACUCUCUCUUUAGUCUUUUAGCAAUAAUGUUUAAGCGGUUUAGCAUGUCGCAGCACUAGCAUCAGGGUUGCCAAGUAUGUGUAACUAAAUUAAUUCCAAUACUCAGACCCUCCUAAACCCUAUAUUCAACUCCAAAAUGAUGAAUACGGUUCAUAUUUAUUAUUAUUAUUAAUAUUAUUAUUAUUAUUAUUAUUAUUAUUAUUAUUUUAACGAAGCAGUAUUAAAACAGUGCAGUU